CUAUAAAGGCGUUCGACAGUAUUUCGCAUUUUAUGGUCUUUUGCAAUUUUUGUUGCAGAUGAUUUCCAACUUGGUCAAUUACAAGAAAAGCCCCACGGACCGACCAAGCUAUACGAUUGUCUUCCACACGCUGUACUCGCACCGAAACGGAGAACUUAUCGCUCAAAAACUCAGGGCAUUUCAUGUGGACAUCUUUGUGGUUAUCGCAUACCACGCCGAGGGUGACAACUGGUACUCUGAGUGUCGACUUGUGCCACCAACUAUAUUGUCCUCGGAGCUUCUCGACCCUCCGUUUAGCAAGUCGUUAUACCCUGUCCGCCUGGCUGACUCCAUUUACCACCUUCAACACAAGCACGAUUUGUGGCCUUCCACCACGACGUAUGCCGUGGCCGUGGGGAUGGGUGGCCGGUGGUAUGUGCCACUUUACGCUGACUUUGCGCCAAACAGCCCCGGGAAUUACUCACUCGGGCAGAAAUGCCGACCUCGCAAGCCAACGGAAGAGGACCAGAUCACCAACAUUGCCGAGGCUUGCACGAAUCCCAGUUUAAACAAUACAUUCCAAUUGGACACACAGUUCCAAGCGCUCGUGGCGUACAACAAGAAGGAGAGGUUGUUCUUCACGUACGACAGUGCUUCAACCCUGCGCACAAAGUUGUGCAGCACUAAGGCCAACAUGACGGACUUAAAGUACACGCUAGCCGCCGCAGACAUCCAGUUCGAGGACGCCAAUAACAACUGCGGAUACGGGUCCUUCCCACGGCUGCGCAUGCUCAAGAAAUUGGCCCAGUUCUUUGCCUUUACGUACACGUCCAGCGCCCAGCGGAGACCGUGCCUGGCGCUCAAGGAGGACGACGCCCGUGGCUAA